GAAGUUAAAGUUGAUUUGAAAGCGAUUUUUAGUUCAGUUUCUUUUGGACCUUCCAACGAAGUGGCAGAAGAAAUCUGAAGCCAUGGCGUGGAACACUAUUAAUAUUUUAGUCUUAGUGAUUUGUGGAAUAAGUCUAGUUCAAGGCCAGAGAAUCUGCUAUAGUUGUGAUUCUGCAACGGAUGCAACAUGCGCAACCCUAAGCAGUGUACCCCUUCCCACUAAAACCUGCACUACCGAAACGGAUUCCUGUGUUACGGCCAUCGUUGAAGAGAGAACGGUAAGAGGAUGCUUGCAGGAUGAUUUUGGUGGAACCUGUACUGGACCCUUGUGUGAAUCUUGCGGUGCUACAAACUGCAACGGAGCCAUCUUCCCAAAUAACAGGGCUCAGUGUCAGAAAUGUUCAGGAACUCAAUGUGCUGAGAUCACCAAUAAUGAUAAUCUGGAGGUUUGCCAGCGUUAUGUCGAAACUGAUGCCUGUUAUACCGCUGUGGUAGAUGACUCUUUGGUCACAUACCGAGGUUGUCUCUCAGACCCAGAUACCGAUGUGGGAAAACAGGAAUGCACCAGUUUAGGUGAUUUAUGUGUCACCUGCGCAGGAGCAGCUUGCAACUCUGCUCCUGCUCAAAGCCAAUCUACAUUAGAAUGCAUGAGGUGUAGUGGAGAUGCUUCCUGUCGGUACGCACAACCUGAGGACUUUGGUCUACCCUGCUUAUAUGAUAUUCUUCUGGGUCGUCCAGAAUACUGCUACAGCUUUGUCACCAAUAAUAACCAAGUAGUUCGUGGAUGUCUGUAUGAUUCUUUCACAGAUGAAAACUAUCGCAAUCUCUGCGAAUCAGGAGCAUCUAAUUGCAUUCUAUGCUCAGAUGCGUUGUGCAAUUAUGAAAAUUACGCUCGUCAUACUUGCUAUUCCUGCGAUGGUCAUACUGAUCCAAACUGCGAAACCAUGGAUGGAUGGUACGAACCAGAGGAGUGUCCUCCAGGCACCCUAGAUCAAGUGGGAUGCUUCAGAGCUGACACUGACGGUGUAACAAUGCGAGGAUGUAUUUCUCAGCUUCAUCCCGAUGAAGUAGAUUACUGCAGCCAAACAUCCUCAGGACUCUGCAGUCUUUGCUACACCGACAACUGCAACGGAAGACCACCAAAGACUUGUAUAACAUGUGACUCAAGCAAUGAUCCCAAUUGCGCCACCCUAGUUGAUCCUCAAGCUCUUCUGCAGUACAGUCAAGAGUGCUCAUCUACUUCAGCCAUUUGUAUCACCAGAGUUUUCAACGGCUACACCCAAAGAGCAUGCUCUGGAACCGGAAUUUCCUGCACAUCUGGCAAUCCAUGCAAGCAAUGCGAUGGACCCAACUGCAACAAUGACCUUGUACCAGCCGAUCGUCUCAAGUGUCACAAAUGUUCAGGAGAUGGAUGCACAUCCAUUACAGACAAUACAAAUCUUGAAGUCUGUGAGCUCUACAACGCCAAUGACCGGUGCUUCACUGUGGUCACUGAUCAAGAAGUAACUCACCGUGGUUGCUACUCCGAUCCCAGUUCUGCUGCAGCAAAGGCUGAAUGCACUCGACAUGAAUCCGGUGAAGACAUGUGCGUUAAGUGUGAAGGUGAAGGAUGCAACACCCAAGCGAUUAAGGCUCCAGCCACUCUGUCUUGCAUCAAGUGCAACGGACCAACAUGUGCCAAUGCGCAAGAAUCAACUUCAGGACAAGCUUGCUUUGGGGAUGUUCUCCUAGGAAGAACUGAACAAUGCUACUCUUACAUUCACGACAAUGGCAAUGUCGAACGAGGUUGUCUCUAUGAUCCUAACACUCCUCAAGCUGUAAGCAAUGACUGUGCCAGCAAUCCAGGAGGAAGAUGCAAAAUCUGCUCAGGUGGCAACUGCAAUACAGCCGAAUAUGUCUUUACUCCAACAUGCUACAGUUGCGACUCUGAACUCAAUCCCGGUUGCGAAACUAUGACAGGAAAUAUCGAUGUCAAGGAAUGCCCCAUUGGAACUCUUCUUGGUUGCUUCCGUUCCCAAGUUGAUGGGAUUGUGGUACGUGGCUGUGCUGGUGAUCUCCAGGGUGGUGAAAUUAGUCUCUGCGAACGAGGAUCACAGUGCAAACUUUGCGAUGGAGCCAAUUGCAAUGAGAAAGUGGACUUCCAAAGGUGCUACAGCUGCAAUUCAGCAAAUAGUGGUGAGGCAUGCACCAAUCUACAAGAUACAGCCAAUCAGCAGACUUGCUCAGACUAUAUGGAUUCCUGUAUGACAGCAAUUGGACCUAAUGGUGAAACACUUCGGGGCUGCUACUCAUCCUACGCUGAUCAGUUCCCAAUGUGUAACACCUACACCUGCCAGGUCUGCGCUGGAGGAUACUGCAAUGGAGCAAUUUUCCCUAGUGCACGUAGACGAUGCCAUAGAUGUUCAGGAUCAGACUGUAACAGCGUAACUUCAACCGAUACGCUUAAUGUCUGUUCGACUUACGAAGCACAAGAUGAGUGUUACGCUGUUGUUGUAGAUGGAACAACAUACCGUGGUUGCCGCAGUGAUACAAGUGAAGGCAACACCCAGUGCAAUGCUGCUGGAGAUCAGUGUAUCAAAUGCACGGAUUCCAACGGUUGCAACAACCAGCCUGCUGUCAGAUCUCCUACUCUAUCUUGCAUCAAAUGCGCUGCCAAUGAUGUUGCUUGCCUCUGGGGCUUCUCCAGUGCUGCUGCUCAAGCAUGCGUCAAUGAUGUUUGGCUAGGUUCCGAAGAAACCUGCUUCAGGGUGCAGUCUGGCUCAAGCGCUAUUCGUGGUUGUACUCUUGACAGUCCAAAUGACUGUCCAGAAUCCAGCAGUGCUUGUACCAGAUGCACAGGAAACGCAUGCAACACUGCCACCUACAAGCGUCAGCAGUGUCUUCUUUGCUCUACUACUGCAACUGGACAGGAUAACUGCGGAUCUGAACCUGAGGAAUACAAUGCCCUUGAAUGCUCCGGAGAUGAUCAGACAUACGAAUCGCGAGGUUGCUAUGUAUCAGUAGAUGAAGAUGGUGUGGUAAGACGAGGAUGUGCUAAGGACCUCAAUUCUGGCCUUCUAAGUCAAUGUAAGGAUGAUGAAGAUGAGACUUGCAGAUACUGUGAAAUGGAUGGAUGCAAUGAUUGGCCUGCAGGAGCUUCAGCCAUUCAAGCUCUAUCUGUUGGAGCUAUGCUUCUUGUUGCGGUUAUGGGAAAGUUUUUCCAUUAAAUGUAUAGAGAGUCAUAACAAACUUAAUAAAUAACAUACAACAAA